AUGUUUGAAAACUCAAAAAAUGACCAAUCAAAUGAUGAUCCUACAAAAAAUGUGCGAAAAAGAAUCAAGUUGAUGUCUUCUGAGGAGAAAAAAGAAUACAAUCGUAUUAAAAAACAAAAAGAAAGAAAAACAGGUAGAUACUUUCAAUCCAAACUUUUUCACAAUUCAAAUAUUUUUAGAAAAACAACAGAGUGCAAUUUCUCGAAUGUUUGGAGCAAAUACAAAAUUUAAUGAAUUGUCUCCAAGUCAGAAAACAUUUUAUAAGAAAACAAUGAAACGGGAAAGGGAAUCUGAAAAUUACGGUAAUCUGAAAAAAUAAUUGUCAAAUGUGCUUUUUCACUUUAUAGAGCCAAAAUUGUCAAAAAAACCAAAAACUUCAACAAUUGGAGAAAAAGAAAACAUUCUGGAGGAAGAACGAGACAAACAGCCUGAAUCACGAGAAUCUUCAGAUGAACAUUUGGAACAAUCAAUGAAAAUUGUUCAAAAUUUUAAUGAAAGUGAGAACGGAACUGUACCUGAUUUUAUUGGCUCAAAGAGUAGGUUCUUCAAAAAAUAUAUUGAAUCAAUGUCUUUUUUAGACAAAAAUGUUUUGGUUCGAUUCAGUCAGAUUAAUUUGUUUGAUACGGAAGUUGAUACUGUUAUUAUUCCAUAUUUCCAAGAUCCUGAUGUUUCUAAAAUUCCAAAAGGUUUUUUUUUUCAAAAUAGUUCCAUUUUUGAGAUAUAACAUUUUAGGUUCGAUUCAUCAACAGUUCAAAAAAUUAAUUGAGACUGAUGAAGAUUUCCCAACUAUCAAUUUACCAUCAAAUUUUAAUAAUUUUGAGUUUCAAGUUUUGUCAUCGUCAACUAUGGAAUUUUGUGUGAAUAACAGUAAGUUUUUAGAAUAUCUAAUGAAACAAUUCAUGAGUGAUUCAGAUUUUAUGUUGGUUCGAUCUCCUGUCGCAUGUGAGAAAAAAGGAUUUACGAUUUCAACUGAAACUGAAUUAAAGGCAACAUAUUUUCGAAUUUUACAUCAAUGUGAUUCACAUGAAAUAAAAUCUGUGGUAAUAACAAUUAUAUGUAUCUAUUAAAAAAUCAUUUUUACAGAGCAUUCCUCUACUUGGUACUGGAUUUGGGAAAAUUGAUAGCAAAAGAUCAUUGAUCAUAGGUUUACAAGCGGUAUUUGCAUAUUUCUCCUCAGUUCAACAAUCGGUUAGCAUUCAAAAUAUAUAAUUUUGCUAAUUUGGUUUUUUUUUUCAGAAUAUUGAACUUGUUUACUUUUGCGUGCGGAACAAAAAGAAGUAUUUUCAACUGGGUGAAGUGUUACUGUACAAUAGAGAAUUUGAUUUGAGUAAAAAUAGUCCAGCCGAAUGUUUGAAAUUUAUAGACACAUUUAUGAGGAAUAUAAAAACAAAAGGAUCUUAUAUGAAAUUUCCGGGUACCCAAUUACGCUUACGGACUUUCAAGUCAACAUUCACUCUCAAUCAAAUGCGUAUAUCGAGGUUAGACUCAAUUCCAGAAAAUUUUAUUCAAAAUUUGUUUUUCAGAAAAAUUUCGAAGACAGUUGAGAAGUUAACCGAAAUGAAAGGAAAACGUCUUGAAAAUGUUAUUGGAGUCACUGAUAACAUAGGUAUUUCAUUCAAAUGAAACUUUCAAUCAAGUUAACACACUGAAUAUUUUAGAUCACUCUAUUUUCGAAACACAUCCUGUCACAAUUAAUCAUUCACAACUUGAUAUAACUCCAAGCACUUCGGAGUUAAUAUCAGAACUUGUUCCUAUACCAAUCAAAUGCUUGAAAUAUGAAAAUUUCCGUCAAGUGUGGAUUUUAUCAAGAUACUACUGCUUCUAUUCAGGAUCAGAACCUGGAGAAAAUCUUUCAUCAUACUCCGCACAAAGAAAGAAAUGGUUUUUGAAACUCAAAGAUAGUCAUCUGGAAUGGGUCAAAAAUUAUUAUGAAAUCAAAUUUUGUGAGACAAAUUCAGUUUUUUUUUCAUAAGUUUAUUUUUUUUUAGCAAACAACAAACGAUGUUCUUGUGGUGACGAUGGGCACAAUAAUUUUCAAGUAUUUGGUAUGAAAAUUUUGAAUAAUGAAACUGAUUUCAUUUUUUCAGGCACAAGAAUGAGUCACUAUGAUAAAAUAAUGGAAGAAUGGUUUUUGAAGAAUAAAUCGCUGUAUUUUGUUGAGGGACAGGAUGGAAUUAGAUUUUUGGUUGCACCUAAAACUAAUUGUAAACAAGUUGAAGUAUUUGAUAAUACUAAAGAAGCGAUAGAAAUGGUUAGAAAUUAAUUGAAAUUUAGAAAAAAAACAAUUAUUCAGAAAAAUCGAAAAAUUCUGAAUGAUGAAUUCAAUUGUCACGAGUUUAUUUUGAAUGAGAAUGACUCUAUACUCAAAUUUAUGGAAGAUGCAGAAAUUUCAACAAUUUCAACAAUGGUUGAAUCUGUUGAAUUUGAAAGUAAGUUUGAAACUGGAUUUCGAAAGAAAAUUAUGGAUUUCAGCCACAGGUUUGGGAUCUAAAGAAAACAGUCAGGAAAAUCCACACGAAAAACAGAUGGAAAGAAGUAAACUGGAGAAAUUCAAGGAACAUAUUUCAAAUAGUUUUCAGAGAGAAGUUCAAAUGAGAAAUCGUUAGUUGUGAGCCUUUAACUUGUAAUUCAUUCAUGUUCAGGAAUGUAUGCGAAGGAAUAUUUUGGUCUGGCGUUUUUGGAAAAACACGCACCAAAUACAAUUAUACAAUAUCUCCUCGAAGAAGUUGAUGAUACAAGUAUUGAUCAAGAAAUGAUUGGAGAUAUUUCGUAUGUUUGGCAGUCAAUUAGUGAAGGGAAUUAUUCCGAACCAGGUUGGUUUGAACGUUUUUUUCGAACUACUUUUUGUUUAUCAGAGUUCGAACUUUGGCCAUUGUUUAAUCUUGGUCCUCGUGACAGUUUAUGUUCAUACUGUGGGUCUUAUGGUUUUCGAAAUGAGAAGAAUAGGAAGUGUUGUUUGAAUGGUGCAAUUUGGAUUCCGCCAUUCAAGAAAUUGCCAGAAGUUAUUACAAAACUGUAUGAAAAUCGGAACUAUAGGUCUAUUAUUAUUAACGUUGGUUUUCUUAAUUUUUUGAAAUUUUAACAACAAUCAAAAUUCAAGAUAAAUGCAGUUCAUGCGAUGGCAUCAACUGUUUACAAUAGAGAAGUUCAGGAACUUCAUGGUGUGCAAUCAAUAAAAGUAAAAGGUCAAAUAAAUUUAAUGGCUUCCGCAUUGAUAGCUAAUAAUCCCGAAAAACCAGCUUUCGGUAAUUUCAUUGUUCUAAACGCGACUGAUGAAAGAGUAGCUGAAAAACGGCUUCAAACUUUGUUCAAACAAUACAAAGGACUCAAAGAAGUUAGUUCAACAACUCAUUUUAAUAAUGAAAGAGUUUAAUUUAGAUUUUUGUCGAGUUGAAGAGAUACAUGGACAAAAAUAAUCAGUUUGUUCAUUUGUUCAAAUCAAUGAUGGAACUAUUGGAACAAGCAGAUCGAAGAGGCGAAAACUGGGAAAAACUGAACUUCAGAAUUGUUCACACUGAUGAGAUCAAAAAAUUUGAUCUUGAACAACACAAAGGUGUUUAUGCGGAUCCGUCACGAAUGAAUGAUGAUUUUGUAUCAGUGGCGUUUUCUAUGGACCAUGAUAUGAAUAUCAAACCAAGGGGAAUGACAAUUUAUGCAAAAAAUCCUAAAGUUUGAUUUGGAUCAUUUCUAAAAAUAAACACAUUUUUUGCAGGGUUUCGAACAAUUACCGCUUUCGAUUUAUGAUGAAAAGGCUCCGCCAAUGGCUUAUCCAUUACAUUUUCCUAAUGGAGAAACUGGUUUCACAUUGAAAAAGUACAAAAGAUUUGACAAAAAAGAAAUCAUGCUUUUUGAAGAUCGAAUUAAGUUGGAAAUUGAGAAUGUUAGUUUGGAUGUGCAAUAUUCUUGAAAAAUUAUGAUAAAAUUGAUGCAUCAUCAAUUUAUUCGAAAAUUAUGCCGCAGUUUUCUUGAAUAAAUUUUGAUUUUCAGAUUGAAUCAAGAGGGGAGAAUCCUGAACAUUACUUCGAUGGACAAACUGGAACAAACAAUAUUCCCAUUGUAACAAAUACAUCUGAUAUUCCAGAAAACUGUAAUGAUGAUAUUGAAAGUGAUUUUGAAUCGGAAAACGAAGAAUGGUAGUUAAAAUUCAGGAAAUAAUUAUUUCAAAAUUUUUAUUUCAGUUCCAAUGAAGCCGAUGUGCUGGAAAACAUAGAUUUAGAUGAUUUGCAAAAUGUUAGUUUUUUGAAAAAUAUGAAUUAGAAAACAAAAAACAAUUUAGGAACAAAGAUCAUUUGGGAAACGUCCGAAAGUGAUAUUUGUAGAGCGAGAUGGAGAAAUGUAUCCAGUUAGAAACGGAGAUGAAAUUAUUCCUUUUGUUUCGGAUUCAGAUAGAUCACCCGAUGUUGAAGUAGGCACCAAAAAAAUACAAAUCUCAAAAAAUAUUGAUUUUAGAUUGUUGAUGAACACGAAUUCUUGAAUGAUGAGGAGUUGGAUAAACUUCAAGAAAACAAUUGCGAGUUUGAAGAACAUGUAAUUCAAACAAAUGAAAAUUAUGAAGAGUCGAAUGAGGAAUUAGAUGAAUUUGAACAUGUUGCGUUAGAUGAUUUUGAUGAUUCCGAGAUAACAGCUGAAAAUCGUGGUAAUGGUGGAGUUCGAGUUAUGAACGUAAGAUAAAACUCCGCUUGAAGUUCCAAAUUUUUUCUUCAGAAAGGGAAAAGAAAGUUUGUAAGCGCAGCCGAAUAUUAUUCAUUUAUUUUCAAAAAUCGAAAACAUGUCCCAUGUCGAUUUUUGGGAAUUUCUGGAAAGUUAGGACAACUUUUCGUGAUUGAUGCAUUCUCCAAAGUUCAACAGAUGCGUAUGGAUGCGAUAACAAGACAUAGAGCCAUGUUCCAGAGAUCAACUAAGAAAUCAACAAUGUGGAAGUACUUGAACAAAAAGAUGAGAAAGUAUUUCAAAAAUGAGCUCGGAAAAGGAGAAGAAGUAAUUACCGAAAAACUUCAAAUCUGGAAAUCAACCAACAAACAGCAAUUCGAGUCCUCCGACAAAAUAUUCUACUCGAACCUUGAAGAAUUUGACGAUCACAUGCCAAUUCUAAAGAAAAUCGCGAAGAUCAAUAACCAAAAACAAAUUACAAAAAGACUGACAAUGGAUGGCGAUAUUAUUACCGAAAGUCUAGAAUUUGCCGAAAAGACAGCAGCCGAAACAACUCGAACAAUCAAGGGUAUGGUUCACAAAACCACUGCCGCUAUAAAAGCCGGAAUUGAAGAAACAUGGUGGAAUCUGAAAGCUUUUGUCUUAUGGAUCAUUUUGCCAAUUGUAGCCGGAACAUUCUCCCUUAUCAUUUGUUGCCAACUAUUAAAAUGCUAUUGCACAGGAAUGGCCGCAAGAAGAGCUGCAAAAUCCGCAAAAGAAAGUUUCUUCAAUCAUGCAGCCUCAAAACUGCUCCAAAUCAAUCAAAUCGAACCAAGUCAAGAAUUGACUCUCGAAGAAGCAUAUCCAAUGCCAGACUUGCCAGAAAUAAAUAACAUUGACGACGACAUCAACAACGUCGACAACAAAACAGGCAAGCUUCCGUUUUUAAGGAUCAGAAUGAAUGGAAAAAGAAUGAAAUGCCUGUUAGACAGUGGAAGUUGCUUAUCACUUAUAUCAAAAUCUAGACUCGAAGAAAUUGGUGGACAAUUGAAAAAUGAUAUCAAAGAAACAGCUAGAGCCGCCAAUUCAACAUUGAUACAAUUUUGCGGUCAGACCGAUCUCAAAAUAACCGUGGACGGGAUUUCAUUUAUGCAAAACUUCAGAGUUCUGGACGGACACAACCCCAACCAAAAGAUCAUCUUGGGUAUGGAUUUUAUGGAGAAAUUGGCUGAAUAUGACAAAACAGUAACAUUUGAUCUGAAAAAGAACAAGAGAACUGUCACCAUCGGAGACACCGAAUUGGACAUCAACAAUAUUGAACCACAAGAAAGCCAAGAAUAUCAAAAAGUGGUAACUACAAGUGAGACAAUUAUCCCAAAACGAUCAGAAUCGAUAAUUAGUGUGAAAGUUAAACCAACAAACCACAAGCAAACCACUGUCAUCAUCGAAGACGAUCACCAUCAGUCCAGAGAUAUAUACACCAUUGCAAGAUCAAUUGGAACAACCACCAAAGACGGUCAAACAGUACUUCGAAUUUGCAAUCCAUCAAAUAAAGAAAUAAAAUUCCACAAAGGCAAAACAAUCGCAAAGGCAACAAUUAUCGGAAGUUCCAGCACUGACAUCAAUGAAAUCCAAGAAGAAUCGGAAGUUGAUCUCGCAUUCAAAGAAACCCAAUGGUGGAGAAAACUUCCAAAAAUCAGUGAUCCAACAGAAAUAUUCAAUAUUCUCGAAAAAGUCGAUGUCGAAAGCGCUGAAUUGUCAUCAGAAAACAAGGAAAAGUUGCGCCAAUUAAUCCUGAACAAAGCCAAAGCGUUUACCGAUAAUUCGGAAACACUCGGAAGAUACACCGGCAACGUGAAACACAAAAUUCCACUGAUACCAGGAUACAAAAUCCCGAAGGGCAGAACACCGAGGAUUCCGCUGGCCAGGCGCGAAGAAAUUAGAAAGCAGAUUGAUAAGAUGAUCCAACAAGGCAUUAUUCGACCAUCGGACUCGCCAUUCAACAGUCCGCUGGUGUUAGUCAGAAAAAAGGAUAAUUCCUGGCGCUUUUGUCAAGAUUUUCGGCAACUCAAUGACAUCACAGUCCCAGCUUCCACUAUCCUACCACAUAUGAAUGAUAUUUUGGAUUUGAUCGGCAACAAAACAUGGUACACCACAUUGGAUCUCACAAGCGGCUACUACCAAAUACCACUCGAAGAGGACCACUGCGAGCGCACGGCCUUCAGCACGGCAUUCGGAACUUUCGAAUAUGUCCGAAUGCCGAUGGGCCUGCGCUACGCAGGGUCCACGUUUCAGAGGGUCAUGGACUCUUUGAUUCGAACAUGCAGAGCCACUUGUUCAGCUUAUCUGGAUGAUUUAAUCAUCGCAUCGGAUUCUGAAGAACAACAUCUCCAAGAUAUCGAGGAACUAUUGAACAAAAUCAUUCAAGCUGGACUGAAAAUAUCACCGAAGAAAGCAAAUUUGGCCAAGUCAAAAGUCGAAUUUUUGGGAGUCGUAUUGUCAAAGAAUGGUAUUCAACCAAGCUCGAAGAAAACACAAGCAAUUCGGGACUAUCCACCACCAACCAAUGAAAAUGAAGUGAGAAGAUUUAUGGGUAUGAUCAAUUUUUUUCGAAAAUUUAUCCCAAAAUGUGCACUUAUCGCGGCCCCCAUCAAUGAAUUAUUGAGAAAUGACAAAGAAUUUAUCUGGACAGAAGAAUGUCAAAACUCGUUUGAAACUUUGAAACAAAAAUUGAUGGAAGAACCUAUUUUGGCAACCCCAAUCCUUGGCGCCCCAUUCGAAGUGGAAGUAGAUGCUUCAAAACUUGGAGUCGGAGCAGUACUGUACCAAUGCCAACCUGGAAACCCAAAAGAUCGAAGAACGAUAAUGUACGCCUCCAAAAAGCAUAGCGCAACCGAACAACGAUACGCUGCUAUCGAAAUUGAAAGUGGAGGAAUGGUUUGGGCUCUUACUACUUUUCAACCAUAUAUUGAUGGAAGUGAAACUACGGUAUACACUGAUCAUAUGCCACUCAAAUCCAUCAUCACCAAUAAAACAACAUCAAAUCGUCUUCAAAAGUUCCAAAUAAGUUUGCAAAGUUUCAACAUCAAAAUACAGUACAAAAAGGGAUGCGAAAAUGUCGUCGCAGAUGCAUUAUCCCGAGGUUUCAGCGAACAAUCUCAUUCGGAAUCGUUUGAACACCAAGUCAACAUGAUUGAAGAAGAAGGAGUACACAAGAUCCUGAACCAAGAAGCCGUGCGAAAGGAACAAAAACAUCCAGAAAUUCUGAAACUCAUGGACGAAUGCCAAGAAGUUGACUACACCGGCGCAAAUGGAAAAAUCGAGGGUAUACUCUACAUGUUACCACUUCAAGAAACGGACAAUCCGAAAAUCAUUCUCCCAUCUGACUCAACCGUCGCCAGAAAAUUGAUUCAACUUAUACACAGAAGCAAAUACGAGGCGAGUCAUCAAGGAAUCCGAAAAACACUUCAUCGAGUCAAAGAUAUCAUAAAGACACCAAAUUUGCAACAACUCGUAACCGAAGAAAUCCGCCAGUGCCGAAACUGUCAACAAAAUAAGGAUCCACAUCAGUAUAGGAUAAUAACACCAUUGGGAACCACGGACAUCGUCAACACACCAUUUGAAAAAUGGAGUUCUGAUGUUCUGGGUCCGCUCCCGCUAACCAUCAACGGAAAUAGAUAUAUCAUCGUAUUUUGCUGCGCAUUCACCAAAUUGCUGGUCGCAGAAGCAUCUCCGGACAUCACAGCACGGACAACCGCAAAGGUUUUCAUGGAUCGGAUAUUUGCAAGAUUCGGAACGCCGCGAAUUGUUACCACCGAUAAAGGAAGUAAUUACACCAGCAAAGAAUUCAUCGCAAUGCUCGAACUACUGGGCGUGAAACACCAAACAUCUACACCCGCGCACCACCAGAGUAACGGCCAAGUUGAGAGAAACAAUCAAAGCUUGGAGCAAAUUCUGAGACAAAUGAUCAACAACAAAACAGAUUCAUGGGACGAAGAAUUACAGCUGGCUAUCUUUGCGUAUAAUUCUACAGUUCAAGCUUCAACCAAAUUCACGCCGAACGAACUCAUUUAUGGAAGAUCUCUUCCAUCACCUUGUUCAAUUGCAUUACAACAACCAGUGCGCAGAUAUUGCGACGAAGACGACUAUGUCGAAAGAAUCAAAGCGAACUUGCAGUUCACACACCGAGCGACACUUGAAAACAUCCAAAAAGCGCGAGAAUCUCAAAAACAGAACUAUACCAGGCACAAUCCUCCAACCGGCACAAUCAUCGCAAUCGGCGAUCAAGUGUUGGUACGAACGGCCAGAACAAAUAAGAUAUCAUCUCUGUUCUCAGAACCAAUGACCGUGGUUGCAACCACGAAGGAAAAUGUGACCGUCAAUCUACCCCGGACACAUAACACCAGAAAUAAAGAAGCCAAGACAUGGACCGUGCAUAAAGACCGAUGCAAGAAGUUUGUGCCUGACUCCAACUAAUGAAAGUCAGACCUCGUAGUUAUAAAGGAAGCUUAUAGAAAUCGCAUAGCAAAUGGCAUAAAUAGUAUAGUCUACAAACGAAAUGGAAAUGCUUAUCAUAAUAUUCUGAUCAACGAAAUCAAACCAAAAAUAUCCGAAUUUAUUUAUUAAUCAGUCAAUCAAGGCGCCAUUCUCAACCAGCAAAACAGCUUCGCCACUUUCUCGCCUUGGACCACAUUUGCCGCAGAUCGACAUCCAAACAUCAGGAAGACGCUUGCGCACAGCAAAGAUACCAAUCCCCAAGAGACACAGGACGACUGCUACAACUGAAAUCACACCUUCGGAAGCCAAAGACCAAAAGAAAAACUCACCAACAUAUGGCACCCAAUUCAAAGUUUCUGGUUCAAUUGGAGAAAAACAUCUCAAUGGUUCUCCUUCACUCAUCCGCACACAAUAUUCACCCAAAGAACAACGAGGUGCGCAGUAUUUGGAAGGAAAACGUCGUCCAAGCAUUCCGCCACUCAAACAAAACCAAUUGAGAAGGCAAGACAAAAGGAGAAUGAGUCAAACCAGAAAUGCAGAAAUCCAACUCCCACGUGCACGUCACGUCAAUUUAAUUUAUUUUCCAAACUCAACCCAACAAUUUUUCAAAAAAAAAAAAAAAAAAAAAAAAGGGGAGUGGGUGGAAAAUAACAGAGGGUGAUAAUCCAAUUUAUCUAACUCUUACUUCAGAAAUGACUCAAAACGUCGAGCUACUUGUGGGGACAAUGGAAGAACUGGCAGUCAAGCUGAUGAAUGCCCCAUUGAAAGAAAUUUCGAAAUUGGUGCGCCAGUUACCUGUUGGACCUGCUGCACGGAUUUGCCGCGCGGAAAUACAAAGGCGACGUCGGUUCAUCAAACGCUACCGAAAGCUGGACAGUGA